AUGGAACAGCCGGGAAAGUGCCAGUCUAAGUACCAGCGUCUGAUGGCUCAGUACAAGACAUACCGCUUCACCAGUAAUCUCAGUGGGGCUGGUGUUGACUCAAAGUCGCACAGGGUGCUGGUUGCGGACAGUGUCUGGAGCGAUCUGAUCGCCAAGGCAGACGCAAAUACGGGGAGCACUUACCGACAACUUCAGAGGACUGGAUUUGUACACGCUGACGUGUGCGCCCUGAUUGCUGGUGAUUCUGUAGCUACCGGGGAGGAAGGUGAAUCCUUCACGAACUUUGCUGCAGAGGGUCUAAAUAAAGCUGCAGAAUCUUUAAGCGGGUCUGCUGAGCAGGGUAGCGGCAACAGUUCGGUCGCAAGUGAUGAGGAGAAACGCCAACUCCCUCCAAGUCACCAGCAACGCUCUAGCAAGGUGAAGAGACUACGAAAAGGGAGAUCUGAAGCGGCGGCAGUUGCCACGGCAGCUGCAGCAGCGAAUGAUAGGGCGCUGGAGGCAUUCAUUGCUGCAUGUAACGCGAGUGAGCCGUUUUUCAAAAAGCGGACCAAACAGAUUGAACAAAUUGGUACGCGCACGCGUGACGAGAACGCCGACUCUGACGGCUCCUAUUUGGACGAAUAA